AUAAGAAAAAAUAUUAAUUAAAUGACUAUAGCUCAUCUGCACCCAAUUGUUGGUCACUAUGCCAAUAGAAGAAAAUAACACUGUUCAGCAGAGCUCCGCGCCGAAAGUAAUAGAAAUCAAGAGAUCAUGUGAAAACUUAAUCAAUCAAACUCAAUUUGACUUGGAGAUUUUUAUGGUAUGUCACAGCAGACGCCUGAAUACAAACAUCAUUUACAUUAGCAUAUUCUGUUGUCGUUAUUUUCUUAUUACUUUUAAUUUCGAAAACUCAACGAAUGUAAUCAACGAGCCCACAUGCAGCAUGAGCAAAUACAUUUAAGAAAACAAAUCGAAGACAUAUUAACUGAAAAUAAAACAAUAAAUACGAAACUGGAGUCUCUUAAAACCGCAACUGUUCAAAUAGCGGGAGACUCUAGAGAUGAUGCCACGAGGGAAAAGUUUACGAACGAUGCAUUACUGAAUGUCAAAAAGCAAAUUGAUUUUCUAGAAGCGGAAAAUAAGGAAUUAAAAUUACUUAAUAAUACCUCUCGAAAAAGGAUCCAAAAUCUCGAAAAUGAGAUUCAAGGUUAUAGAAAUCAUUUAUGUAAAUCAAAUACCGUUACUGAGGUAAAACAGAAAUAUGACAUCGCUAUAAAAGUUCUGGAAAGCACUAUACAAACACAAAAGACUAAAAUUACAAGCCAAGCUCAAAUCAUCGAUAAUCUUACCGAGCAAAAGAAACAGUUGGGUAAACACAUUAAAAAUCUGGAGAGAACAUUGGAGGAAAAACAGAGCUGUAUAAAUAAUACGAAUGCAACAGAAACGAUCGAAAGACUAAGAGCUAAACUAAAUGAAUCAGUUCAACAAACUAAAGAACUUCAAUUAUCUUUGAAGAUGGCGAAAAAUGCAAUUGAAGAGCGUUACGAACGAGAAAAGUGUGCCCUGCAAAAGGUGCAGGAAGCAUUAUCGAUUGCCGAAGCAGCGGUGGUGGACAAAGAAGAUGCUCAGAAAAGGGAGCGGGUUGUUAAGGAGGAAUGUGACAAUUUAGCAUCUACCAUAGGUCAAGUAAUGGACGAAGCGGCGAAAAAAGUCGAAACAGAUAUGGAUGCGUUGCGUAAGAGAUUCAGUGAAAAGGAGAACAAAUUUUUAAAAUUCCAAAUGCUGAUGAGGGAAGAGUUGCAAAAACAAAAAAAAUUCAAUCGAAUUCUGGAAACCCAAUGUAGUAGAUUUCAAGAUAAAUACAUCGCCAGUAAGGAGGAAGUCGAAAAAUUGUCGAAGCAAUUAGAAAGUGCAGUGAAAGCUUUGGACGAAAUGGAGGAUAAGAUAAACGAACAAGAUCAUUUAUUAAAGGAGCAAAAGAUCAUAAUGCGGCGUGCAGAUGAAAAUGAAGAGGAAAUACAGCGAUAUGUCCACACAAACAAAAAAUUAACAGAAAAGUACAAAACCACUCUGGCAGACAUAAGGAGGGAAUUUGAAGGUGUAAUAUAUUCUCUGAAGAAGGAAAUUACAGUAUUAAAGGCUGAAAAACAUUUGAGUUCCAAGGACUACCAACAAAAAUUUACAUAAACUAAAAAAUGUACUUACAAAUUUAUUUUUAGUUUUAAUUUUUUACAUUAAACAA